CAAUAGGACACCCCUCAUCUCUCUCCUCUCACAUCUCCUUCCGACUUUACCUCCAUCCUCUACCUCCUUAUCAGUGGCCGGAUUCACCCAAUAGCCACAAUGGCAAUUGCAUUGGCGGAGGCUGAUAAGUAUGAGGUGUUAGAGAAGAUUGGUUGCGGUUCCUUCGGGAUCAUUCGCAAAGUUCGGCGGAAGACAGAUGGCUUUAUCCUAUGCCGAAAGGAAAUUAAUUACAUCAAGAUGUCCCAGAAAGAGCGAGAGCAGCUCACGGCCGAGUUCAACAUCCUAAGCUCUCUUAGACACCCAAACAUUGUCGCCUACUACCAUCGCGAACACCUCAAGGCGUCCCAGGACUUGUAUCUCUACAUGGAGUACUGCGGUGGUGGCGAUCUGAGUAUGGUCAUCAAGAACCUCAAGAAGACGAACAAGUACGCAGAAGAGGAAUUUGUGUGGCGCAUCCUGUCGCAGUUAGUGACUGCUCUGUACCGUUGUCACUAUGGCUCGGAUCCCGUCGACGUCGGGUCAAACAUACUUGGUCCUGCGCCCAAGCCGUCGGGUCUUAAAGGAAAGCAGGCCCAGAUGACUAUCCUUCACCGUGACCUUAAGCCAGAGAACAUCUUCCUCGGAAGCGACAACACGGUCAAACUGGGUGACUUUGGCCUGUCCAAGCUGAUGAACUCGCAUGAUUUCGCCUCUACUUAUGUCGGAACUCCGUUCUACAUGUCCCCCGAAAUAUGCGCGGCCGAGAAGUAUACCUUGCGCUCCGAUAUCUGGGCGGUCGGCUGCAUCAUGUACGAGCUCUGUCAGCGAGAGCCGCCUUUCAAUGCCAGAACCCAUAUCCAACUUGUGCAGAGGAUUCGGGAAGGAAAAUUUGCUCCUCUACCCGACUUCUACUCGCCUGAGCUGAAGAACGUCAUCGCAAACUGUCUGCGAGUUAACCCGGACCACCGUCCCGAUACUGCUGCCCUCAUCAAUCUGCCGAUCAUCCGCUUGAUGCGCAAGGAGAAGGAAGUUACCGAUCUGUCCAGGACACUCCGCAAGCGUGAAGAGAGCGCCUUGCAAAAGGUUCGGGACGUUGAGCAGGCCUACGCGAAACUCGAGAAAGAAAAACAACAAAUGAAAGUUGAGCUUGAAAAUACAGUGCGCCGCGAGUGGGAAGUGAAAGCCAGGUUAGAAAUUGAUCGUCAGGUGCAGAACGAGAUAGAAAAGCUUCGCAAGAGAUUUGAGUGCGAAGUUCAGGAGCGAGUUGCAAUCGAGGUUGAGAAGCAAAAGCGAAAUAUCGUUGUUCGCGAGGAUUCUAGCGACGACUCCCGGCUUUCUAUGAGCAACAACGACACGGAACAGCCUUCUAGUACUGAUAUCAGCAAUUUAUCUCUGGAAUCACCUGCCGCGAGCAAAGUACAACGAAAGGAAACUCGCACCCCCUUCAACCGCUCAAAAACCGUGGUUGAAUCGCCUAUGGAUGUUCAGAUGGCAGAGCCUUCUCCGAUCUCAAUUGCAUCACUCUCUUUGUCCCCGCGUCGGACCUCUGGGACUCAUUCCGGCAAGAACAUCUUCGCCGAGGCGGAGAAAAACCGUACGAAGUGGGAGCCCACCCUGGCUUACUCUGAUGAUGAAGAUGACAUCCCCGAUCUACCUUCUCCAACACGCCCCAAGGUCAAGCCUGAUCCCUUCAAGGCUCCGCCCAGGCCCCUCCUCCGUCAGAACACCGCUGCUUUCAUGCAGAAGCUGAGCACUCAGCCUCCCAUCUUUCCCACCAACGGGUCAAGACUGCCGCAGAUGUCAUCUGGUGGAUCUGGCGACAGCCAACAGAGGGAAGCCAAAUCACGAUCGCCUCACCGACGUUUGUCCAAAAUCCCGUCAUCAGCAAACCUGGCUGCCGAUGCUGGCUCACCCACGCGCAAGACAGGCAUCAAGCAACUAGCCUCAAAGGCAAACGGAGGCGGGGAGGAGAUGUACAAGGCCGUUAUGCAACGCAACAUGGGCGGUCGAACCUUGGUUGAAUUGGCACAGGCGCGUGCCGGUGGCCGUCCCAUUGACGAAAUCAAGCGGUGUGCGAGUGAUCCCCGCACUGGGCUGAAGCCGACAGAGCGCGAUUCUCCAGCUGUUUGGGACCCCGAGAGGGACGAGAUGCCUAGUCCCUUCUUGGCCCGAGGCAGAAAAGUUAUCCGCAAUCUGAGGUGAUUCCAAUCGGCCUAUUUACCUGGGCGAUGUUCAGAUAUUGCCACCAUUUCUCAUACACAUAGUAACUGCAGGCUUCUUGCUGGUUGACCCACGGGAAUAGCUGCAGUAGGCUUUUGGGUAUCUCCCUGAGGACGUCUCCUCACCUCACCAUAUCUACUAUUAAUAGUCGAAACAUAUUCCGGAGUUACGGCUGGUGGAUUAUCUCAAAGACCAACGUUGGCCAUGCCAGUCAUGGGACGUGGGAUGCAUUUUGUUGCGCCGCAUCGUCGUUAAUCCUAUCUCACCAAGAUCUU